GAUUGUUUAACAUGCUCUGAUGGUGCUGUGACUUGCUGACAUAUUACCAUUUUCACACAGCUGGGCAAAAUCAUGGUCAUGGAUUCAGUAAAUUAAGUAUAACUGAUGUCAAUCUUCAGCUGACAGUAGACAUAUUUUUUGCUUUAAAGAAUCAUAAUAAAGUGGAGGAUGAUUGCACAAUGUCCUGGCUAUAGAAUAAUAACACCACUGCCAUUUAGAUUAGCUCCCUGUAAACCUCACAUUGACCAUGCAGUUUUGUGUGUCACCUGACACGAAACCUCUGGCUAACUGAAAGCCUGGUACCAAUUCUAUAUUCUUUCAUGGCUCCAUUACAGAAUAAAUGAAUGGAUAAACUCAGGCUUUUGUUCUGCAUUGUUGGUAGUUGGUACUCUGAGGAAAAUGGAAAAUAAAUCCUGUCAUCUUUGCUACAGCGGCACCAGCAAUAAUACCACCUGGAAACGAUAGAGGAGGAAAGUCUGUUUCCACUAAGAUAUUUUUCUUGUUGAUGGUAUCAACAGUAUGCCAGAACUGGUCUGCUGCUUAACACAAAUAGAAAUGCCUCUCAUUUUUCUGGCUUUGCUGUGCAGCAUUAAUGCUAUUGUGAAUAAGAAUAUCGAGUUAGCUCAACUAGAACUGUUGUACUGUAAAAUGAUCUGACCUGGGGGUGUUAAUCAGUAUUCCUUCAUGUUAGCAGAGAAGUUCCACUCAAGAUUGUAUUCCGACAGAAUGGCAGCACCCUGACAGGAUGGCGUCGCAUGGAGGGGAGGAGCCUCCUCCCAACAGCGGUCAAUCAGAUAGCCGUCUAAAGAGCAAGAAGCCGCCCAGCCUUGUCAUAGCCAUCCCUCCACCUGAGGAGAUGAUGUCCCACGACCCUGCAAAACAGCCAUUGCGCCCGUCUCUUAAAAAAAGCGUCAGUGGUCGAGCCACCAGUUCUGUGUCAGAGAGCGUCAGUGGAGCCGGAGAUGGACACUUCACAGCCACAGACAGGAGGGCAAAGUUUAGUAGACAAACAUCGCUCUCACAAAGUAUUCGCAGGGGUACAGCUCAGUGGUUUGGAGUGGGGGAGGACUGUCAGACCAAGCAGCAGGUAUGGCACAGGAAGAGCCUGCGCCACUGCAGCCAGCGCUAUGGCAAGCUAAAGGCCCAGUAUAGAGAGCCUGAGACGGCCACCAGCAUCGACCAGGGCCUUGACUCACCAGCAACACAUAAGAUGCCCAAGAUUGUGGAUCCCCUAGCACGGGGGCGAGCCUUCCGUUGCCCAGAUGAGGUGGACAGUCGCUCUCCCAGGACGCCCCACAUCUCUCAGGGAGGACCAGUAACCCCAGGUGUCACCUCACUCAGCUCAUUCACCAGCCAGCGUUCUGGAUACAGCCGCUUCCCCAGGCGUAAGAGGGAGUCUGUUGCUCGUAUGAGCAUCCGAGCAGCGUCCAAUCUAAUGAGGGGUCGUAGCGGCUUGGCAGGCUCCCAGACAGGUCGCAGUUUCCCCAAGAGAAGCUUUGUCAGACCCAGUUGGAUGGAUGAAGAUACGGUGGACUCUGCCGACACGUCCGAGUCAAUCUUUUUCAGCAAGGUUGAUGCUCAUGAUGAGUUGUACUCUAUGGCUGAUGACGUAUUUGAAUCGCCUCCCAUGUCUGCAUCUUUAGCUCCCAGUGAGCAGCCUGACCAGAAGUUCUUAAGCCUUGCCAGUAAGGACAUAUCUCGAACGCCGAGGACACCAGUUGUAGUGCAAGAUAAGAGCCAUCCUCGCCGGGGUCGUCGCAUCGCCUCCCAAGUUAAGCACUUUGCAUUUGACAAACAUAAGCGUCAGUACGGCAUGGGCGUGGUGGGAAAGUGGCUGAACCGGCACUACCGACGCAGCCUCAGCAGCAACGUCCAGAAGCAGCUGGACGACUUCCACAGCCACAGGCCCUACUUUACCUAUUGGAUCACGUUUGUCCAUAUAGUAAUCACUUUGCUGGCCUGUUGCACAUAUGGUUUUGCCCCUGUGGGGUUUGCACAACAUUCUACUUCUGAACUGGUGCUGAAGAACAAAGGCAUUUAUGAGAGUGUCAAGUAUAUCCAACAGGAGAACUUCUGGAUUGGUCCCAGCUCUGAGGACUUGAUCCACUUAGGGGCCAAGUUCUCACCAUGCAUUCGUCGGGACAUACAGAUAGUCAGUCUGAUCCAGAAGGACAAAGACCUGGAGAGAGAGUCUGGCUGCUGCGUUCAGAAUGACAAUUCUGGAUGUGUGCAGACGCUCAGCUCUGACUGUUCUGAGACACUGGCCACCUUUAUUAAAUGGAACAAUGAGCCUGUGGACAUCAGUAGGUUCUCUGGGUCUGUCUGCCAUCAGGAUCCCAGAGUGUGUGAAGAGCCUGCCUCUGCAGAGCCUCACACAUGGCCGGAUGACAUCACCCAGUGGCCGGUGUGCACGUACCCCAAGAAGUGGAAUCAGACAGGCUACAGACACAUGGAUUGUAACAUCAAGGGACGGCCUUGCUGCAUAGGAACCAAGGGCAGAUGUGAGAUCACGACCAGAGAGUAUUGCACUUUCAUGCAUGGUUACUUCCAUGAGGAUGCCACACUCUGCUCACAGGUCCACUGUCUGGAUGAUGUGUGCGGCCUGCUGCCCUUCCUCAACCCCGAUGUUCCUGAUCAGUUCUACCGUCUCUGGCUCUCUCUCUUCCUCCAUGCUGGGCUGUUACACUGUGUGGUGUCAGUGGUAUUCCAGAUGACCAUUCUGAGAGACCUGGAGAAGCUGGCAGGUUGGGUCCGCAUCUCCAUCAUUUAUAUCCUCAGUGGUAUCACUGGAAACCUCGCCUCUGCCCUGUUCCUGCCCUACAGAGCUGAGGUGGGUCCAGCGGGGUCUCAGUUUGGACUGCUUGCUUGCUUGUUCGUUGAGCUGUUUCAAGGCUGGCAGAUGCUGGAGAAGCCAUGGAAAGCCUUUCUCAAAUUGUUUGGCAUCGUACUCUUCCUCUUCCUGUGCGGCCUCCUUCCAUGGAUCGACAACAUUGCCCACAUAUUUGGUUUCCUCAGCGGCAUGUUGCUUUCCUUUGCCAUCUUGCCCUAUGUCACCUUCGGGACUUUUGACAAGUACCGAAAACGUAUUCUAAUUGUUGUCUCGCUGUUAGCCUACAUCGGACUGUUCUCUUCCCUCAUUGUUUGGUUUUAUAUCUACCCAAUUAAUUGGCACUGGCUGGAGCACCUCACCUGCCUACCGUUCACAAGCAAGUUUUGUGAAAAGUAUGACAUUGACCACAACAUUGAACAUGUGGUGCACUAGGCUCUAGGCUACUUGUGACAUUGAAGAGGACCGCAGCGUCUUUGCUACUGAUCUACUAUCUUCGAGCCAAUGACAAGGUCAUCCCUUUCCAGGUCAGGCCUUUAAAGAAUGUGGCAAUCAAGAACAUGAUCAAAGAAAUGGAACAGCACCUCUUGGUUUCUUAAAACUUUACUCAACCAUUGUGAUCCUCAGUAAAGUCUGGCACUACCUAUCAUGUUAACUUGCUAAUGGGCUCUGUGAUCCUUGGAAUCAGACAAAAAUAAAAGAUACUCAGGAUGUGUAGAGCUGGGUAGACCUUAAUGAAAAGAUCUAAAAAAACAAGACACUUUCUGGUUCCUUCAGAUCACGUGAAGUCUCCUCAAUUCUAAAGAAGUGAUAGAAGAACAAAAGGGCAUCUCUGGCCUACAGUCACUUUUUUCCCUUUAACUAUAUGAAUGACAAACAGCUGAGAUUUAAAGGAAGAUUGAUGCCAUAGUGGGCCUUGAGGUAUGUCAGAUGCCUCCUCCCACUAGUUCUCGUUUUCGGUAACACUGGGUUUAUCACUACACAUGCUGUCAUUCAGUUCCACUGCUUUGUAGUAUCUGGUAAAAUGCUUUCAGAGCUUUAUUUUUAUUUUUGCUCUUUAGUAUGCAUGCACUUUGCAUGUCUUUGGAGCAGUGAAAUGCUCUGCUAUGUUAUCCUAAAGGUAAUGAUGUUGAAGUAUUAAAUGUGCAGCUGAAUAGUUAAAGUAUCAGUGGUCAGUUAAGGCAAGAUUUCUAUCUACAACCACAAGUUGCCUUAAACAGACUAUGCCAUUUUACAAAGAUGCCUCAUUUUACCUUUGUGUCCGGCCUGUGAUCAACUUGCUGAAUGCUGAUGAACACAUUUUUGACCCUGAUCUACCAAAGGAAUGUCUCAUAUUGCUUAUAUGCAUGGUGUUUGGUGGUUAAUUUGUCUGUCACUGCCACAAGCACAAAUUCUCACUCAAGCGCUGAUUAUAACGUCUCAUAUUUGUCUGAUAACACAGUGGUGCCUAAACCAUUUUGUAGAUUUACUCUGAAAAAAUAUCAUGAAAAUAAUAUUUAUUCUAGGUGUAAUUAUCUAAAUAGGCUUUUUUUUGUUAGGUCAAAGAAACUUUUGUACUAUAUUUCUAUAUGACUCAGUGAAAGUAAGUGAUCAUAGAAUCACAAGAUGUGAUUUACGUUUCACUCAAGCCUUAAUAUGUUCAUGUAAUAUACAGUAAAAAGGCUUAGUUUUUACAUUGACUUCGACUAUUACUUGUGAAUACUCUUCUUGACAAAAACAAUACAAGAAAGAUGAUUUUAACCUGUUUUAAAUAGUACUGUUGCUGCAGACAUGGGUCUUUCCUCAGACAUGUUGAGACUAAACCUGGACAAAGUGUUGUUUUGUAUUUUAUCUUUUUUUUUCUUUGUUUUUUUUUUUUUUUUUUUUUUUACACAUUUCAAACAUGAAACAUUUCUCUCACAGGUUCCCAACUUUCGUCCUGGACCUGGUUUCUUGUUGUUCAUGAUUCUGGCAUCUGUUAGGAAAGCCACCUUAAUGACUGUUGUGUGGGGGAUUAUGUGUGUGUCUGAGUGAGUUAUGAGAUUAUGUGUUUGUGGGGCUGACUCACAGAUCAUCUGCUGUUGUUGUGAACAUGAUUUGUUAAAUAUGUGAAGAAAAGGUGGUGUGUUGGACAAUUCAGAUGUUUUAAUUAUUUUUAACACAACAGAUUGUAAAGGCCAUCUGUUUUGAGACAUAGAUCUUUGCCCUUAUACAGUAAAUGGGCAAAGUGUGAACAGUGACAUCCACCUCUUUUUAGGAAACCUCUUUACUGUGCCUUUUUUGACGUGAGCAUGAGUGUUUGAUCUGAACCAUAACAACCUACAUCUUCAAUCAUGACGAUAUGCAGCUGGGUUUGCAUUGGGACCAAAAAAUUUCACCCCUUUUUCUAUAUAUUGGAAUGAAAAGGGAAAGUUUCAGAUGAAUUUUCAGGUCAUGGUCAAGGUACUGUUCUGUUUUGCUUCAUGUGAAAUUCUAUCUGUGUUAAAGCAGCCCUGUUGAAAUAAAUGCAAUUUUACUAAUAUUGA